AUGAGCGGUAAAGCAGGCGCAUACGGAACGACGGGGGGCGGCGAUACGGAUUUCAGGAAAACAUGGGACCGCGACGAGAUGGCAAAAAAGGCCAAGGAGAGAGAGGCAAAAGAGCGUGAGGAGGGAAAAGAGCGAUACGAAGCAAAGAUGGCUGGCAAGUCGUAUAGACGGAGGGCGUCAACGCCUGAGGAUCUGAAGCAGACGGAAGCAAGAGCAGAACGUAUAGAUUGGAGCAAAAUGAUCGGAAAGCAAACCCUCACGUCAGCUGCUGCUGCAGUUGGUAAGAGGGGACGUGGUGCUGGUGCAUACUGCGGAGCCUGCGACCUGACAUUCAAGGACAACAUUCAGUACGUCGAGCAUCUCAACAGCAAGCAACAUUUGAUCGCUACCGGCCAGUCCGGCGAAGUACGCCGCGCAACUGUUCAAGAAGUUCGAGACCGCCUACGAUAUCUCAAGCGAAAACAGGACGAGGCAAAGAUUCUUGACGUCAUAGAUUUGGACUCCAGACUGGCGAUGAAUAGGGAACAGAUGGAAAAGGACGCCGAAGAAAAGAGGCGGUUGCGCAAUGAGAAGCGCAGAGCGAAGAAGAAGACAGACAGCAAUGCGAUGGAGUGGAAAGUCGAAGGUGACGGUGUUAUCUGUUGA